AUGCCGGUGCUCAUCCUCACUGACUACCUCGCACCGAUCCCAUCGGGCUUGCACCUGCGGCUCGACGGCGUCACGCUCGAUGCCAAAGCCUUUGACCGCCUCGUCUUGCUCGUCCAGGCCAACCCGCGCAUCCGCCGGCUCUCGAUGCGCAACCUUGGUCUCGGGCCCAAGCUUGCUGUGUUCGUUGCCGACCUUUUGGCUACCAAUUGUACGCUCACGGCCGUCGACUUGAGCGGCAACGCGAUCGGAUCGCAUGGCGCCAAGUGCCUUGCCACCGUGCUCCUCGAGCGCAACGCGACGCUGCAAGAGCUUUCGCUGGCUCGCUGUGGCCUCCACAGCGACGCGUUUCUCAGCUGGAUUGAGUUUUUCGAGCGCGCUUCGCCCGACACGACCUUUCAUACGCUCAACGUCGCCCACAACGCCAUCGGUGACGACGGCGCGUUGGCGUUGGCAAAGGCGCUCGAGCACGAGCGGCAAUUGCCUCUUCGCGGGUGGCGCUUCGACCUGCGGCGCAACGGCAUCACAGACGUUGGCGUGACGGCGCUUGCGACGCUCUUGGCAAAAACACAUGCCGUCGUGCAGCUGGAUGUCGCCAACGCCCGGUCGUUCGAGGUGCGGGAGCCCGAGCGCGUCGUCUUUCUUGAGCACCGGUGUCGGCGCAACGCAGCCGAGAUGCACACCCGAGUCGUCGACGCGGCGGUGCGGACGAUUCUGGCAUCGACCCGUCGUGCCGAAUCCAUGGUGCUUGAGAACGUCCCUGUGUCGGUGGCCCAAGCUGUCGGUUUGGCCCAUGCGCUCAAGCACACGCUGGCGACCACGAAUUUGACGCUUCGCAACAAUGCGCUGUGUCUAGCUGCGCUCCAGCGCCUCGCGGAGGGACUUGCUUUCAACCAAACGCUCUACCGCCUCACGCUCCGAGACAAUGGCGUCUCGGGCGACGCCUUCGUCGCGCUUCUGAGCGCGCUGGCGCGAAACGCCACGCCGCCGCUCCGGGAGCUUGAGAUCUCGCACGCGACGCAGCUACCCAUGCCUCUCUGGCCUCGGCGCGUCAACGGGCGCGUCUAUCGUUUCUUUACGCAGACGGGUCAUCAGCUCACGCACAUCACACUCGACCACUGCGGGCUCACGGACGUCGACGUGGGCGCCAUCGUCGCCGGCCUUGCGUGGAACGGUGCGCUUCAAGCCGCAAACUUUGGGCGCAACCACAUCACCGACGCCGGCGUCCGCAUCUUUCAUUUGCUGCUGCACCGCUGCGCAAAUCUCGCAUCGCUCGAUAUUAGCGGGAACCAGUGCACCCUCGACGGCAUCGUCAGCGUCGUCGCCCGCGCGAGCGACCACUUGCGCCUCCGGAGUCUGCGCGUCGGGCGUUUCCCGGAGUUUUCCCCGACCUUGUUUACGAUUGCGAGCCACAUUGGGCGCAGCGACUCGCUCCUGCGCUUUGAGAUUGCCGCCGCAAAUGACCACUCGCGCUACGCGUCGGCCAAAGCGGCCAUCCAAGCCACGUUGAAUCUCAACCGGAAAAAGAACCCCGUGCCGCCAGCGACUGCGUUUGCAGCCUGGACUCGCCACUGCCGCGGCCACUACAUGGCCCGGGACGUGGCGCACAGCACCGCGUCGCGGCUCGUGCAGCCGCACAAGCACAUCAUUGCGAUGCGACUGUUGCACGUCGAAGAUGUCAACGUGUUGAUUUGCUUUGCCUGCUGCGAGAUGGCGUCGGAAGAUAUCGACGCGCGUCUCCGAUUCGAGUGGGCUGGCAUCGUUUCCAAUGACAUUGAUGCAACGCUCCUCCUCGAACGCCGCCACAUGCAGAGCGAGGACGUCGAUGUCGUGUAA